AUGACUUUUCAUAAUCAUAAUCACUAUUCCUACAUCCCAAAGAAGAUUAAUGUUCUUCUUACUUCUUUUCUACUCCUCUUCAUUCAAAUGCCAUUUUCUUUUUCCCAAAAAGUGCCAAACUACAGCUUCGUGCAUGAAGCAAUAUCAGCAUCCCCAACAUCAUUCUACGACUACAUAAUAAUCGGCGGAGGAACCGCCGGUUGUCCACUCGCCGCCACACUCUCCGCCAACUCAACCGUCCUCCUCCUCGAACGCGGGGGUUCUCCCUACGGAAACCCCAACAUAACAAACCUCUCCGCCUUCGGCCAAGCCCUAUCCGACAUCUCCCCCUCGUCUCCCUCCCAGCGUUUCGUCUCCGAGGACGGCGUGAUAAACGCUCGUGCACGCGUCCUCGGAGGCGGGAGCUGUCUGAACGCCGGGUUCUACACCCGGGCUUCGCCGGAGUACGUGGAGGAGAUGGGAUGGGACGGGAAAGUGGCGAAUGCAUCGUAUGAAUGGGUUGAGAGGACGGUGGCGUUUCAACCGUUAGUUGGUCAGUGGCAGGCGGCGGUUAGAGAUGGGUUGGUUGAAGCUGGUAUUGCUCCGUUUAAUGGUUUCACUUAUGAUCAUAUGUAUGGAACGAAAGUCGGCGGGAGUAUAUUUGAUCGCGAUGGGAAUAGACAUACGGCGGCGGAUCUCCUGCAGGACGCUAAUUCCGACCGGUUAACCGUUCUUCUCAGAGCAACGGUUUAUAAAAUUUUGUUCAGAAUCAAAGCUAAUUCAAGGCCAAUAGCACGUGGAGUAAUAUUUAGGGAUUCAACAGGGGCUAUGCAUAGAGCUUAUUUAAGAAGAGGCUCAAUGAAUGAGAUAAUUAUUUCAGCAGGUUCAUUAGGUAGCCCACAACUACUUAUGCUAAGUGGUGUAGGUCCAGCCCAACAUCUAAAGGCCCAUAAUAUAACCUUAGUAUUGGACCAGCCCAUGGUUGGACAAGGAAUGUCUGAUAAUCCUAUGAACGCCGUCUUUGUUCCAUCGCCGGUGCCGGUAGAGGUAUCGCUUAUUGAAGUUGUCGGAAUAACACAAUUCGGAAGUUAUAUUGAAGCCGCCAGCGGCGAGAGUUUCGGCAGCGGCGGUCGUGGUGGUGGCCGCGGCGGCAACGGCCAUAGACCUCGGGACUAUGGAAUGUUUUCUCCUAAGAUAGGUCAAUUGUCUACAUUGCCACCAAAACAAAGAACACCGGAGGCCUUAGCCAAGGCGGUCAAGAACAUGGACUCGUUGGCCGCACCGGCUUUCCAAGGCGGAUUCAUCCUCGAAAAGAUAAUGGGUCCCGUCUCCACCGGUCAUCUCGAACUCGUAACAAAAAAUCCUAAUGACAACCCUUCGGUUACAUUCAACUACUUCCAAGAACCCGAAGACCUACAAAGAUGUGUAGAUGGAAUCCGAACCAUAGAGACCAUCAUCGAGUCGAGGGCAUUUACUCGGUUCAAGUACAAUGGUGUGACCGCGCAAACUCUUAUUAACAUGACAAUGCGGGCUCCGGUUAACCUUCUCCCGAAGCAUGAAAACUCGUCGGUUUUGUUGGAAAGGUUUUGUAGGGAGACGGUUAUGACCAUUUGGCAUUAUCACGGAGGGUGUCAAGUGGGACGAGUGGUUGAUCGAGAUUAUAAGGUUAUUGGUAUAGAUGCUUUAAGGGUCAUUGACGGUUCGACGUUUAAUUACUCGCCCGGGACUAAUCCACAAGCCACGGUUAUGAUGCUUGGAAGGUAUAUGGGAUUGAACAUAUUGGAGGAGAGACUUGCAAAUAUUAACGGGUCCUAAUAGAAGAAUAAUCCAUUCAUAUGAAUAUUAUGAUAGAUAAAUGUGGAAGGGAGAUUAAGAUACAUUUAGAAAAAAUUUGGU